CAUUUGAUUCGAGAAUACGCAGUUUUCUGCGAUAAUACUAUUAUUUUGCAUCAAUAAUAUACAUACAAGAUGCCAAAGAAAAUGGGAAUGAAUUCAAAAGCCGUAGAGGCGCGUGAGCGUAAGGAUGCUACCAAGAAAGCUGCCAACGAACGCAAGGCCAAGGAAGCAGAAGAUCGUCUGUGGCAAGACGAUGACAAAAAUCUGGCUAAAAAGCAACAACGACGUGAAGAAGAAGAGAGGAAACGGGCUGAAGCUGCACGUCGUAAAGCAGAAUCAAAGGCCCUGUUGGAUCAGGAGCUUAGCUCAAUUAAAACGCACGGUAAACAGCCAUUGGCAAAAAUAAAUCGUCAACAAAUAUUAAGCGAGAUGGAGAAAAAACAACGUGUAAUGGAUGCAAUCAAUGAAGCUAACAAACCUGCAGCGGCUCGCGUGGUAGUUCAACAUCACAUUAUUGAGGAGAAUUUAAACAGAUCUCUGGCUGAUACCGACAUAGCCACAAAUGUUGACGAGGCAUUGGCAGUGCUAAGUGUCAAAGACGAGGAAGACAAACAUCCAGAGAAGCGAAUGCGAGCAGCUUAUAAGACAUUCGAAGCCGCUAAUAUGCCUCGCAUCAAAGCUGAUAACCCCUCAUUGCGUAUGUCUCAAUGGAAGCAAAUUUUGAUGAAGGAGUGGAACAAAUCGCCGGACAAUCCUUUCAAUCAGGCUUCUUAAAAUCGCGCAGCCCGUUUCUUAAUUUAUGAAUUUACCGCACUACGUUGUUCAAUUGUCGAAUUGCCAAGCAGAAAGAUCCCAUCAAUUGAAGUAAUCAAAUGAAAGCUGUAAAAUUAUUAUUUAGUUUGUGAUUAUAAUUUUAGA